ACUCCUAGGAGUUGUUAAAAAGCCCUGGCCAGUGCGCAUUCCAGGGCAGUUCUUACCGAGACUCCUAACUGUCGUGCGGUGAGAAUCCAGACGUCUUGGACCGCUCGGACUCUUGUCUUUAUUUUUCUUUGAAGGUCUUUUGUUGAGCAAACAUGCGUGAGUGCAUCUCCAUACACGUCGGUCAGGCUGGUGUGCAGAUCGGUAAUGCCUGCUGGGAGCUGUACUGCCUGGAACAUGGCAUCCAGCCUGAUGGGCAGAUGCCCAGUGACAAGACCAUCGGAGGAGGGGAUGAUUCUUUCAACACCUUCUUCAGCGAGACUGGAGCCGGCAAACACGUCCCCAGAGCUGUGUUUGUGGACCUGGAACCUACAGUCAUCGAUGAGGUGCGCACUGGUACAUACCGCCAGCUGUUCCACCCAGAGCAGCUGAUCACUGGGAAAGAAGAUGCUGCCAACAAUUAUGCCCGUGGGCACUACACUAUUGGCAAGGAAAUCAUUGAUCUGGUGCUUGACAGAAUCCGCAAACUGGCUGACCAGUGCACAGGUCUUCAGGGUUUCCUGGUCUUCCACAGCUUCGGUGGUGGCACUGGUUCUGGCUUCACCUCUCUGCUGAUGGAACGUCUCUCUGUUGAUUAUGGAAAGAAGUCUAAGCUGGAAUUUGCAAUUUACCCAGCUCCCCAAGUGUCCACUGCUGUUGUUGAGCCCUACAACUCCAUCCUCACCACUCACACCACCCUUGAGCACUCUGACUGUGCUUUCAUGGUAGACAAUGAGGCCAUCUAUGACAUCUGCCGUAGGAAUUUAGAUAUUGAGCGUCCAACUUAUACAAAUCUUAAUCGCCUUAUUAGUCAGAUAGUGUCCUCUAUUACAGCUUCUCUUAGAUUUGAUGGAGCCCUGAAUGUAGAUCUGACAGAGUUCCAGACUAACUUGGUGCCCUAUCCUCGUAUCCACUUCCCUCUUGCUACCUAUGCCCCAGUUAUCUCAGCAGAGAAAGCUUACCAUGAGCAGCUGACGGUAGCAGACAUAACCAAUGCUUGCUUUGAGCCAGCCAACCAGAUGGUGAAAUGUGACCCUCGUCAUGGUAAAUACAUGGCUUGCUGCCUGUUGUACCGUGGUGAUGUGGUGCCCAAAGAUGUAAAUGCAGCUAUUGCCACCAUCAAGACAAAGCGUAGCAUCCAGUUUGUGGACUGGUGUCCAACUGGUUUUAAGGUUGGUAUCAACUAUCAGCCACCAACUGUGGUUCCAGGUGGGGAUCUGGCCAAGGUACAGCGCGCUGUGUGCAUGCUGAGCAACACCACUGCUAUUGCCGAGGCCUGGGCAAGACUGGACCAUAAGUUUGACCUUAUGUAUGCCAAGCGUGCCUUUGUGCACUGGUAUGUAGGUGAGGGUAUGGAGGAGGGAGAGUUCUCUGAGGCCCGUGAGGACAUGGCUGCCCUAGAGAAGGAUUAUGAAGAAGUUGGGGCAGAUAGUGCUGAAGCAGAGGAUGAAGGCGAAGAGUAUUAAACAUUCAUUUGAAAUGUUCAUUCCCUCCCACCCCCAGAAGUUAAAGCUUCCAUCCUGUAUGUUUUUUAAAUAAAGUUCCAUUUUAAAUAUGGCUCCUCAUAAGUUGAGGUUGUUGGAAUUUGAAGUUACAAAAAUGAAUCAAAUAAGCUGCUAAAAUCUAACACUGUAGUAGACUGCAGUGGAAACCAACAUCUGUGCAUUGACUGUGUAUUCCAUUGAGGAUGAAAGCAUUAAGAAUUCUGAAUUUUAAGCCUGAAAUUAUUUUAAUGUUUUUAUCAAUACCUUUUGAAGGUUAACCUAUUAUCCUCUAUCUACAGGCCUUAUCUUCAGAAUGGUGCCCCAACUACUUUUUUUUGUAUGGAACUGUGGGAUGGCACACACAACCACAUUCAAUGUCUCUUGGCUAUAUCAGGAGGCUGCAUAGAUAUUGAAUGCAGUAGUGUGCGUGCCAACCCACCGCUCCAGUCAAAACGGUCGUCAAGGCACUGUUCUGGAGAUCGUAGGUGGGCUCUGCAGUUGGGGCCCCCUCUGAUCUCACACUUAUCACCUAUCCACAGUUAAAGGGGUUAUCCAGGAUUAGAAAAACAGAGCAGAAUUCUUCAAAUGACAGCACCACACCAGUCCUUGGGUUCUAUGUGGUGUUGCUGUUUAGUUCCAUUGAAUGUUAUCAGAUGAGAAGUUGUUUAAAAGUGUAGGUACACUUGAGAUAUUAAAGUUUUCUAUUCAUUGUCUGAAGCAACUUAAAAGUUCGCACAAACUUUUAUUUGAAGAAAUUGUUUGCCUUAAAGGAGUUCCUCUAGCAGCUGAUAUUGCUUGGUGGCUAUUUGGCGUAAUGGUGACCCAUGUAAUUAAAGGACUGCUUAAAUCCC